CAGCGGCCUGGCAGGGCUGGCGGCCGCGACGAGGGACCCCAGCAGCAGCAGCACGGCCCCUGCCGCAGCAGCGGCGGCAGCGCAGCGGAGGGCAGCGCAGCGGAGGGCCGCGGCGCCAGCCAGAGCGGCAGGGGAACCGAGGUGCGGAAGGCGAAGAAGAGCAAGAAGCGCGACUCGAGCAGCGGCAGCAGCAGCAGCUCCACCAGCGAGGUUGCCCAGGAGAAGAGAACGGGCGGGCGCGAGAGGAAGCAUGAGAGCCAGCUGUGAUUCAGGCGACAGCAAGACGAAGAGGCACGACGGGACGCGGAAGGGCCAGACCGGCGAUGGCGCGGAGAAAACUCGGGCUGUGAACAAAGAGGACGGCCAGAAGGAAAGUGGCAGGAACGGGAACACGGCUUCCGACGCUGGGAAGAAAAAGGAGGUCAAGAAGGAUGGUAAAGCGGAGAAACACCAAGAGAAGAGUAGCCAACCGAAGCAAACCCAGAAGAAGGAAACGAAAGUGGGCAAAGAGAACCAGAAGGACGCAACGAAAGCCAAUGGCCGCACCAGCAAGGGCGAUGCAAACAAGGAAGCAGCAAGGGCCAGCAAAGUGAAGGUCUCGCAGAAAGACGGGAAGAAGGACGCGAAGGACGAGCGGCAGAAGGACGACGUCAAGAAGGAAGCCGCGAAGGACAGAAAAGACACGGACCCAGCGAAGGAGGGGAAGCCUGCGACGGACGAGCCACGAAAGAAGGGUGCAACAAAGGAAGCACCGAGGGACAAACCGGGCAAGGAUCAAAAGGCGAGAAGAGGGCUGCGAAGGACGCUCCGCGGAGGCUCCCCGCGAGCAGCGAGGGCGAGGAGAAGACGAAGAAGAAGGCUGCGAGGCAGGAGAAGCGGCGCCGCGGCUCCAGCCAGUCCGAGCCCGAGAGCGAGCCUAAGCGCCGGCCCCGCAGCGCGGGGUCCGGGGGCGCCCCUCCUCGGAAGAGGCGCGCGGCCGAGGCGGCCGAGGGGAAGGCCGCGGCGCGCGGCAGCGCGUCCCGCUCGCGCCGCCGCGGGGCCAGCAGCAGCGGCUCCGCCCCCGGGCUGCGCCUCCGCCGCAGCAGCUCCAGCAGCAUCCGGGGAGGGGAAAGCCACCCCGACCCCGGCAGGCGGCGCGCAC